AAGAAACCCAAAAAAUCAAAAUUCAAAAGAUAUUCGCCAGCUUGCUCCAACUGAAUGACCUUCAUCCUCCAGCAUAUAAGGAGCUAAAAAUGCUCUUCUCUCUUACCCAAACCAUAUCCUUGACUUAGCUCAUUUAUAUAUUUACCCAUUUCCCUUAUUCUUCAAUUCAUCACUAAACCCUUAAAUUUUCUACAUAUUAUUAUCUUCAGUAUGGCCUCAAAUUGGACAACAAAGCAAAACAAGAAGUUUGAGGAGGCAUUGGUUAUGUACGACAAGGACACUAGUGCUGAUAAAUGGUAUAACAUAGCCAAAUAUGUUGGUGGCAAAUCAGUUGAGGAAGUUAGAAGGCAUUAUGAUCUUCUUGUGAAGGAUAUUACCCAAAUUGAAAAUGGUCAAGUCCCUUUGCCUAAUUAUAGGACUGCUUCAGAAACCAAUGCUAGAGGAUAUGCUAAUGAACAGAGGCUUCUGAAGAAUCUAAAGCUACAGUGAGCGGAAGCUUGGACUUAUAGUCAACAGUCAACGCCAUAUAUCUAAAUUAUCUGUAAAAAAUCCCAAAAAUCGGGGAUCCUAAUUGUAAAUUCGUGUUUAAGUGCUUCUUAUUUUCUGUAUUAAUUAGAUUGUUUCCUCAAUUAAGAGAUAAUGAAUGUGUAAGUAACUUCAGCUACGUACCUUUUGUUUCUGCUUAAGCUAUCAGCUUAUGAGAUAUAAAUUGAGAUUUUCUAGCUUUAA